UGUUUCAAAGUUGCAAACAUUUUAAUGUAUACGUAUUAUUUUUAACAUCUUAACAGAUACUCUGACCCUUAACUAUCGUAAAAUGCUUCGAGCGGAAGUAGACGCCUUUCGCGCAUGCGUGGUACCGAUCGGGUUUCCGGUACGGAUCGGGCAGUCACAAGACUCAGCAGUAAAAAUGUCUUCUCUUCAGUCUCUGGGAGAGUUGAUCAGCUAAAGCGACUAACUGCUGCUGCUGCUGCUGCUGCAGAAAUCUUCUCACCAGGCUGUGGAAACCUUCUUCUCCUCUCAACAACUUGGUGGAGUUCUUUCCAGAACCAGAGAAGAAAUUCUGCGGUCUCCGUGACAAUCGGAGCUCCAGAAUCAGCUGUUAGCUAAACACGGCUAAAGAAAACCUGCUACCACUUCAGGAUCAUCCAUCAGCUGGGACUGAUUCAUCGCGUGUUCUUCACCACCUGGACCUGGACAGCAUGGACACAGACGAAUCCGUGACAGAUCUAGUGGAAGAUCCACAGACACUUCCGGGUGGAAGACCGGCGGUGGGUCACCGGCCUCCGGUACAGAGUCAGGAAAAGCAGGGGAGCACCAGAGCCAGAUGGAGAGCGCCAGAGCAGUUCUCAAUUUCUGAAAUAAUUUAUGACAACUGCUACCAAUGUGGAUUGUGGAAUAAAAAGAGAUAAACUGUUAGUUUUCUCAAUAUUGUCAUUGCAAUCGGGACAGAUACCGCCAUCUGCCGGCUUAAAAUGGUAUUGCAGUACAUUUUAAACAACUUGGGAGUGAAAAGGCUGUUUUGUCACUACAACGGAUUUGGGGAUGUAGUUUAUUGUUAAUAGAUAUUGUGGUUUCACAACAAUAAAGUUUUGUAUUGUGCAUAUGGAUUUAUGAGUAGUACGAAACAAUGUCUGAGUUUCUUGUUCUUUAAAUUACAGUCCAAUUAAUCAUACAUGUUUGAAAUAUAAUGCUGAAAUAUUAACCUCUGAACAUUUUUUGUUUGUUGAUGAUAUUUCAUUUUUAAUUUAUUAUUAUUUUGCAUCAUGAUUUAUUUUAUGGUGUAGUGUCAUGUGGUAAUUGUUGCAAAUUCUAAAUGUAAUUUUUAUUUUCCUCAACUGAGGUCAUUUUUAUUUGCUUUAUUCUUCAGUACGUUGAAUGUAGGUUACAUUGUAAACUGAAUGUAUGUGAAAACGAAGAUUGAAAUAGUUUUAAAAAAGUUUAAAAUGUACUGCAAUAACCAUUUUAAGCCGGCAGAUGGCGGUAUCUGCCCCGAUUGCAAUGACAAUAUUGAGAAAACUAACAGUUUAUCUCUUUUUAUUCCACAAUCCACAUUGGUAGCAGUUGUCAUAAAUUAUUUCAGAAAUUGAGAACUGCUCUGGCGCUCUCCAUCUGGCUCUGGUGCUCCCCUGCUUUUCCUGACUCUGUACCGGAGGCCGGUGGCCCACCGCCGGUCUUCCACCCGGAAGUGUCUGUGGAUCUUCCACUAGAUCUGUCACGGAUUCGUCUGGGGGAGCAACAAAAAUGAUGGAAAAAAUAAAUGCAUUAACGCUUCUGAUUGCAUUACACUGUAUAUGCAUGAAGUGACUGGGAAACGCAUUUGUAAACCGCUUGAAAUAUUUCAAAUAUUUUCGGUGACAGCCUUGUUUGUUUUGAUUUUGUUAAUAAAGUAAAAAAUAAAAACGUUGGCAUGAUGAGGCCGAUGAUGCAAUAAGUGCUGCAAUUACUGAGGUCCCUACAGCCGCAGGUACCGUGGCAGCAGUGGUAGGAGGCGUGGCUAGUGCCACUAAAAGUCGUGGUAGGGGGCGUGGCUAGUGCCACUAAAAGUCGGAAGUGUAAUGGCAGCAGUGGUAGGGGGCGUGGCUAGUGCCACUAAAAGUCAAGAGCAGCAGUGGUAGGGGGUCGUGGCUAGUGCCACUAAAAGUCAAUAAUCCAAUAAUACCUAGCUGCGGACAUUGCCCAGGAAAAACGUUUUUCCUGGGCAAUGUCCGCAGCUAGACCUUACUCCUAAAAGUCGUGGCACCACCCGGAAGUGUAAUGGCAGCAGUGGUAGGGGGCGUGGCUAGUGCCACUAAAAGCCGCGGGUGCCACUAAAAGCCGUGGCACCACCCGGAAGUAUCAGAGCUGCCACUGCAAGUGCCACAAGCGCUGCCGCUGCCACAAAUUGCGCUCGGUCCUGCUGCAUGUCAGCAGGUUUGUCCUCACAACGUGGUGAAAAGAGAGCUGAGUCAGAAGGCGAAGCUCUUGAUUUACCUGUUUGAUGUUCCCACCCUCAUCUAUGGUCACGAGCUUGGAUAGUGUCUGAAAGAACUAGAUAGUGGAAACAAUGUCCAAAAUUAGUUUUCUCCGCAGGGUGUCUGGGCUCUCCCAAGCCCCCACAAUGCGGCUCAAAAAUUGCAGUUCCACCCUCAUCCACUAGGGGCUGGUGUCAGAAGCUAGCAAAUCCUCAUUGACUCCCAUGUUAAAAAUACCAUUUUCACAGCAGAAACAAACAUGUUUACAGCCUGGUACCAAAACAUGUUUUUGGUUUAAAUGAUCUAGUUUACACUCAUGACAACUCUGAGGGGGGUGAAUUUUUUUCUCACUCUUCUGUUUAAGUGUAUUAAAAGCCAAAAAUUCUGUAUAAUUAAUGAGCAUCAGACCCACGUGACCACAGAGCUAGCUCCGUGGAAAGGCCUCAGUAGAGCCUCGGUCUGGCUUGGAAACUGUUCCAGGAUUUUGAGUCUCUGUGUUUGUGUAUUCUUGUUUGGAUAUUUUUUGUACAAUUGAUGGACAAAAUGACUUGCUGUGGCAUUAAUUGCACUAAUGGAGUGUCCAAGAAGUCUCCACUUCAUUUUUUUCGGUAAGUAAAAUUGUAUUUAUGUACAGUGGGGCAAAAAAGUAUUUAGUCAGCCACCGAUUGUGCAAGUUCUCCCACUUAAAAUGAUGACAGAGGUCAGUAAUUUACAUCAUAGUUACACUUCAACUGUGAGACAGAAUGUGAAAAAAAAUCCAUGAAUUCACAUGGCAGGAUUUUUAAAGAAUUUAUUUGUAAAUCAGGGUGGAAAAUAAGUAUUUGGUCACUUCAAACAAGGAAAAUCUCUGGCUCUCACAGACCUGUAACGUCUUCUUUAAGAAGCUUUUCUGUCCUCCACUCGUUACCUGUAUUAAUGGCACCUGUUUGAAACUCAUCUGUAUAAAAGACACCUGUCCACAGCCUCAAACAGUCAGACUCCAAUCUCCACUAUGGCCAAGACCAAAGAGCUUUCGAAGGACACCAGGAAAAGAAUUGUAGACCUGCACCAGACUGGGAAGAGUGAAUCUACAAUAGUCAAGCAGCUUGGUGUGAAAAAAUCAACUGUGGGAGCAAUUAUCAGAAAAUGGAAGACAUACAAGACCACUGAUAAUCUCCCUCGAUCUGGGGCUCCACGCAAGAUCUCAUCCCGUGGGGUCAAAAUGAUCAUGAAAACGGUGAGCAAGAAUCCCAGAACCACACGGGGGGGACCUGGUGAAUGACCUGUAGAGAGCUGGGACCACAGUAACAAAGGUCACCAUCAGUAACACACUACAACGGCAGGGAAUCAAAUCCUGCAGUGCCAGACGUGCUCCGCUGCUGAAGCCAGUGCAUGUCCAGGCCCGUCUGAAGUUUGCCAGACAGCACAUGGAUGAUACAGCAGAGGAUUGGGAUAAUGUCAUGUGGUCAGAUGAAACCAAAGUAGAACUUUUUGGUAUAAACUCAACUCGUCGUGUUUGGAGGAAGAAGAAUACUGAGUUGCAUCCCAAGAACACCAUACCUACUGUGAAGCAUGGGGGUGGGAACAUCAUGCUUUGGGGCUGUUUUUCUGCUAAGGGGACAGGACGACUGAUCCGUGUUAAGGACAGAAUGAAUGGGGCCAUGUAUCGUGAGAUUCUGAGCCAAAACCACCUUCCAUCAGUGAGAGCUUUGAAGAUGAAACGUGGCUGGGUCUUCCAACACGACAAUGAUCCCAAACACACCGCCCGGGCAACAAAGGAGUGGCUCCGUAAGAAGCAUUUGAAAGUCCUGGAGUGGCCUAGCCAGUCCCCAGACCUCAACCCCAUAGAAAAUCUGUGGAGGGAGUUGAAAGUCCGUGUUGUUCGGCAACAGCCCAAAAACAUCACUGCUCUCGAGAAGAUCUGCAUGGAGGAAUGGGCCAAAAUACCAGCUACUGUGUGUGCAAACCUGGUAAAGACCUAUAGUAAUCGUUUGACCUCUGUUAUUGCCAACAAAGGUUAUGUUACAAAGUAUUGAGUUGAUUUUUUGUUAUUGACCAAAUACUUAUUUUCCACCCUGAUUUACAAAUAAACUCUUUAAAAAUCCUGCCAUGUGAAUUCAUGGAUUAUUUUCACAUUCUGUCUCUCACAGUUGAAGUGUACCUAUCAAUCAUCAUUUUAAGUGGGAGAACUUGCACAAUCGGUGGCUGACUAAAUACUUUUUUGCCCCACUGUAUUUUAGGUCACUGCCGAGCUGAGCUUAGAUUUUAACAUGUACUGUUUAACCAUGGCUGACGGCUGGUUCUCCCCGCAGCUCGGCGCAUCUCUUGUCUGAUCGCGGCUUCUGUGUGCUCCUUACAACACCAUCAAAUUAGAAAUCCAUCCCUUGUUAAUUACAAGUCAGGCUGGGUGGCUCACUGGCUGCUUCCAGGCCAGUGACUUUCAAGAGCUACCGGUAGCUCAUGACCAACAUGUUGGAGACACUUGCAAUAACACCUCUCAUAUGUGUGAAUUUAAAGUUACAGCAGUCGGUAAUUCACGUUAUGUGUUUCUGUU